GUCAAUCAAACCGUUGCCUUUAUAUGGGCGCGUACAAGAAUCUGCUCUUCUGUCGCCGGGAUAAAGCCAUUUUGAGACAAACAGACCGCCAGACAGGUAGACGGGAACACCACAGUCUGGCUGCAGAUCGAUAUAGGCUAAGCAGAUCAUGCUUGAAACGACAGUAGUUUUAGAUUGUGAUUGAUCCCCUCAGCUGUUAUUUUAAUCUAAAUUAUUUUAAUAGCUUUGUCUCGAUAUUUUUUUUAUUUUUCAUUAGUUUAUUUUUCCUAGCAAUUGACCUUUCCAUCUCCGGCUUAUCCAAUUCAGUUGUCAUUCAUUAUUCUUUCUACUUAGUUUCGAUCCCACCACUGCCUGUUUCACACGAUGGAUAAACAUCCGGGGGUAAACUCAACAGCUGCCAACAGCUCGGCACUGGACCGUCUCCGUCCUACGUCCACUGGGGGGGGUUCCUACCAGCACCUGGAUCCAGGUGAGCUGCGGAUUCUGGUCGCUGUCCUCCUGGGGUUGAUCUUCGUCCUGGGGCUGGCUGGAAAUCUCACCGCCAUGUGUGUCCUGGCCUCAAACGCUCGCCGGGGAAAACUCUCCCUCAUCAACGCUCUCAUUCUCAACCUGAUGUUCGCCGAUGGCCUCGUCCUAGCCUUCGCCCUGCCCUUUCGUGCCGCCGCCUUCUCCAGACCCAGCUGGACACUCGGUUGGGCGGUGUGCAAGACCUGCGAUUGGUUCCUGCAGAGCUGCAUGGCGGUGAAGAGCGUGACGCUGGCCGUGAUGGCCAAGGCGUGUUACCGCUAUGUCUCCAACCCCACCAAGCAGGUCAGCAUCCGGCUCCGCUCCAUCCUGUUGGUGAUGUGGUUUCUCUGGCUGUCGGCCUGCUCCGCCCCCGUCCCCGCCUGGCUGUUUUCCUCGCUGCGGAGGGAGAGCCGGGGGCUGAUGUGCGUGCAGGUUGUCCCCCCGGAGGCGCGGGACUUCAUGUCGGUCUAUAUCAAGGCAUACCCCCUGGGUGCGUACUGUGCCCCUUUGAGUUUUGCACUGCUGUAUUUCUGGCGGGCCUACGGGCGGUGCCAGCGGCGCUGCAGCAAGACCCAGAAUCUCAGGACGCAGAUCCGCUCCAGGAAACUCACUCUGAUGCUGUUCAGCCUGACCGUAGCCAUGACCACCCUGUGGCUGCCCCAGUGGGUGGUCUGGGUGUGGGAGCGGCACGCCGCCGAGCGGGAGGCACGGGGGCGAGAGCGGGGUCAGCCCUUCGUCGUCUCCUCUCCCCCGGUCCUCCUCUCCCUUUCUGCCCUGCUCCUCACCAUCUCCCUUUCCCUGGUGAACCCCCUCAUCGUUCUGUCUCUGUCGGAGGAAUUCAGAGAGAGCUACAGGGGUCUGUGGAGACGCCUGACUCUUCGUAAACACCCACCGUCCAAGCCCAAACCAGGCCCUCACGCGCCCACCGCUCCCCAUUCCCCCUGCCCACGUCCGGAGACCUCUGGCCAGCCCCGGGGAGGGGACGGGUGCUUGGGUCUAGGACCCAUCCCAAGCCAGGGGACUGGUGCCGAUCUCCAGCCCCAGGCGGAGCAGGUAGAAGGGUUGAGGGAGGAAGAGGGAGAGAGCCCGAGGGACGGGAUCGUGCUGCUGGAUGUCGAGCAGUUCUGGCACGAAAGAGAGACAGGGUCCAUGAUGGAGGAGAACGAUCCAAUACCGUGGGAGCACCAGGGGGGAGUCGCAGCGGAGGCCCGGAAGUAGAGAGGUUCAUGUACCCUUAUCACCCGUACCCAGUCAUUUAACCUAAGUGAUAGAGUUUGGUUAGACAGUAAUCUGGUUUUAGAUUGGGAUUUCAUUCAUACCAUAGCAAUGUUUAUGCAGUGUCUGUAUUUACAAUAUUAACCCUGUGCCAUUCUCAAAUAAUGAAGUGUUCCCGCUAGGGAGUUUUUUUUAUACAGAACCCAAGACCAGUCUGUGUGAGUUAAUUUUGGAAAAAGAACAACUGCGUAAAUACUGUCAUUUCGGUUUUACUGAAUUGAGCACUAGAACGUCAAAUCAUCUGCUGGUUAUUUUAUGGACAUUAUGUUUUAAUGACUUGACUAUGACUCAGUGUUUUACAUUCAGAUCAGAAUGUCCUCUCUGUCAGGCACAGCCUCGCACUUAAACAAGAGACUAAUUUGCAACUAUAUAACUGGAUUCAAGAUCUGUCAGUCAGUAAUGAAGUCAGUUCAUAUCAGGAGACAAUGUUUGGUAUUUAGUACGCUAUGUUAAUAAUGUUGUUUGACUGGAAUUACAUUAUCAUGUUUGUUAUUAUUACCUGCAGAUGUGUUAAAAAAGUGUACUGUACAUAUAUUGAAUACAUUCUUUUAAUCACCUAAAGUAACAUACUGUGUGUAUCAAAAUGAAAAUAAGGAUUGUAAAAAAGCCUACAACUAUUUGAUAGGCAAACCAAUAAAUACAAGUAUUGCCUUAGCAUAAUAAGAACAUUUUAGCUUUGUCUGGUAGAUGUUUUAGAUUGUUCAGAGUUUGAAGCUUCUAUUUGUGUAGAGGUCGUUUUGUAAUAAUACAUACUUGUUAAA